GAGCGGCGCGGGGUCGGGGCUCUGUGGGGUGCUGCUUCAGCCCUGCUUUUCCCUCCAGGUGCGAGCCCGGCGGCAGCAUGUGGCGGCGACCGGCGUGGCAGGUGCUACGCCAGUUUGUAAGACAUGACUCUGACACGGUUAACUCACUGGUACUUGAGAGAUCCAUGAAUCGUGUUCAGCUGCUUGGUCGGGUUGGACAGGACCCUAUCAUGAGGCAAGUGGAAGGAAAAAAUCCUGUUACCAUAUUUUCCCUUGCAACCAAUGAGAUGUGGCGGACAGGAGAUAGUGAAGUGGGCCAGGGAGGUGAUGUCAGUCAGAAGACGACAUGGCACAGGAUCUCUGUCUUCAGACCUGGCCUCAGGGAUGUCACCUAUCAGUAUGUGAGGAAGGGCUCUCGGAUCUUUGUUGAAGGAAAGAUAGAUUAUGGUGAAUACACAGAUAAGAACAAUGUGAGGCGACAGGCCACAACAAUUAUAGCAGAUAAUGUGAUUUUUCUGAGUGAUGGCUCGGUGAGAGAAAAAGUGUGAUGUCCUUAGUGCUUGGAUCCAGGCCAUUUCAUUCCUUUGGUUUUUCUGUGCUUCAUAAUUCUGUAGUCACAUAUAUUACUGUAGUUCCUUUAAGAAAUAAAUAAAAUGUUUGUUACCUA